CUCUCUUUCACUUCCCUUGCCUAUAAAUUGUCGCUCUCUGGGUUCCUGUGGAGGAAGAAUACGGAAAGGAAGUUGCUGAGAGAAACGAAAAUGGCUCUCAAACUCGGUCUUUUUACUUCUCAACCUCCAAAGCUGCCUUCUUUUGCUGUCCCACGCAAGUCCGGCCUCAGAUCUCCAAAGUUUUUCAUGGCCUCUACCCUUCGCUCUGGCUCCAAGGAGGUUGAGAAUUCAAAGAAACUUUUUAUGCCUCCUCGGGAAGUGCAUGUUCAAGUCACCCAUUCCAUGCCACCACAAAAGAUUGAGAUCUUUAAAUCCUUGGAGGAUUGGGCUGAACAAAACAUUUUGGUUCACCUGAAGCCAGUCGAGAAGUGUUGGCAACCACAGGAUUUUCUGCCAGACCCUGCCUCUGAUGGAUUUCAUGAUCAAGUCAAGGAAUUAAGGGAGAGGGCAAAGGAGAUUCCAGACGAAUACUUCAUUGUUUUGAUUGGGGAUAUGAUUACAGAAGAAGCCCUUCCAACUUAUCAAACAAUGCUUAAUACCUUAGAUGGAGUUCGGGAUGAAACAGGUGCUAGCCCUACUUCUUGGGCAAUUUGGACAAGGGCAUGGACUGCUGAGGAGAACAGGCAUGGGGACCUACUCAACAAAUAUCUCUACCUUAGCGGACGAGUAGACAUGAGGCAAAUUGAGAAGACAAUUCAGUAUUUGAUUGGGUCAGGAAUGGAUCCUCGGACAGAAAAUAGUCCCUACCUCGGAUUCAUCUAUACCUCUUUCCAAGAAAGGGCAACUUUUAUCUCCCAUGGGAACACUGCCAGGCUUGCCAAGGAGCAUGGGGACAUUAAUUUGGCACAAAUAUGUGGCACAAUUGCCUCGGAUGAGAAACGUCAUGAAACUGCCUACACCAAGAUAGUUGAAAAGCUAUUUGAGAUUGAUCCUGAUGGAACUGUCUUGGCAUUUGCUGACAUGAUGAGGAAGAAAAUCUCCAUGCCAGCCCACUUGAUGUACGAUGGCCGUGAUGAUAACCUUUUUGAGCACUUUUCAGCUGUUGCACAGCGACUAGGGGUCUACACUGCCAAGGACUAUGCUGAUAUAUUGGAGUUUUUGGUGGGAAGAUGGAAAGUGGAGAACCUAACUGGACUUUCGGCUGAGGGCCGAAAAGCACAGGAUUAUGUUUGUGGGUUAGCCCCGAGAAUUAGAAGGCUAGAGGAAAGAGCUCACGGAAGGGCCAAGCAAGCACCCACCAUUCCAUUCAGUUGGAUUUUUGAUAGAGAAGUGAAGCUCUAAGUGCAGUACGGAAGGAAAAGGUCUUCUCUCCUGCAUGUCCCUUUCCUUGAAUCCUAAAUGGAGUUGUGGAAGUUUUCGAGCUGCAUUUUGUUUCUGAUUCCAUUAUGAUUUUCCACAAGUAUGCACACUGCAGAGAAUUUGUUGGGAACGAAUUGGUUGUAGAUACGGUUUUUUCCCGUUUGAUGUCAUAAGAUAUGUCUAGUAGUACUUUACAUCAGUUUCUGUUCCUACACAGUUUAUCAGUGUGAGAAAAACGUUUGUUUGUUUUUUUGGAAAUUUUAAUUCUGAUGGCAAUCUAAGAUAUAAUCCACAUUGAUGUGUC